AUGGGCAACGCAGAGAACGGAAAGUUAUUGUUUAAAAAAUUUUGUUCGACUUGUCAUACUAUCGAAAAAGGUGGCAAACAUAAAAUAGGUCCUAAUCUGUUUGGAAUCGUAGGGAGAACAUGUGGCACUACGACCGGAUUCGUAUACACGGAAUCUAUGAAAAGGAAAGCGUGCACGUGGGAUGAAAAUACUUUGGAUACUUAUUUGGAAUUUCCAAAGAAAUUUGUACCAGGCACGAAAAUGGUAUUCAUUGGUAUUAGAAAAAGCGAGGAUCGCAAAGAUAUAAUAGAAUAUUUAAAGACGUUAAAAUAA